AUGCCCCCGCGAUUACAUCUCUUCGCCGCCCGAUCGGUAACAUUCAGGCCCAAGCCCUCGGCCUCUUCCCAAUCCUUCACCCCCCCAGCGGUCCUGCAGCAACGGACAGCAAGCGAUGAUGUGUCGAAGAAACCGGCAACCACCCCUGUCGCCCCGGGUACCAAAGCCCCAUACCAGGACCAGUUACCACACGUAACGGAGGAGCAAGCGGCGUUGGACAAAUCUAUGGGGGAAACUCCACCAGAUAUCGAGCAGGGUACACCCGUCCAAGAGAUCUUGCGAAGAGACAAGGAUGCACAAGAAAAGGCUCCAAAAGUUUUGAAAGACGACCUGAAAAAGCCCUCACCGCCCGGCACGCGAUCGUAUUCGACUGCGGUAGAGAGGCCACUCCCGUCACAGAACAACGCGAGGGUCGAGUUUCGGGACAUGAAAGUCGUGGGCCUAGACUAUCCUGAUGCUGGGUUUGGCCACAAGUUUGUUCUGCCGGAUAUUCAGGGCAUGACGAAACUGGACAACUUCAGAAGUCGGUACGACCCGGUGGUAGACCAGGUCACGAAGAGCAUCAUGAGGCACGGGAAGCUGAGUAGGGCUCAAUCUAACAUGACUACGAUUCUCGACAUCCUGCGUACGGCUCCGGUCCCCUCUGCGGCAGGUAACGAACAGAGCAGCACCGGCACCGAGAGAUCUCUGGUGUCCACCGUGCCUCGCGAAGCACUUCCCCUCGAACCGGUGAAAUAUCUCACGGCAGCCAUCGACUCGGUGGCUCCACUUAUCAAGAUCCGGCAACAAAAAGGUAUCAUGGGCGGCGGUGCCAGUUUGCCCCUCCCCGUACCAUUGGGCCUGCGACAGAGAAGGCGGACGGCGAUACAGUGGAUACUCGCGGCCGCCGACAGCAGAAGGGAACUCACCUUGGCCGAGCGGGUUGCCAAGGAGGUUAUAAAUGUCGCGGAGGGUAGAAGCUCUGCGUGGGAAAAGAGACAGAGAGUACAUAGGCUCGCCAUCAGUGCAAGAGCCAACAUCCGAAUUGCGGCCGGCGGGAGACGAAUCAAGAAGAAGGCAGGAUCCCGUUAG